UGCGCCACCCGCGAGGGAGCCCAUGGAGGCGGCGAAGGAGAAGCGGCGGCAGCCAGUCCCGGCGGCGGUGGCCGGGGCUCGGUUCUCCCGGCCGGAGAUGCUGCCGCUGCAGCCCGGGAAGCGGCACCGGAGCCAGGCUCGCAGAAGGAGGGAGCUGCUGCUGGCUCAGCUCUGCCUCGGGGGCUCGCUCGCGCUGCUCCUGGCUUCCCUCUCCAGCUGGGCUGGGCAAUCCGGUUAUGAUGUCCUGAACUAUCCUGUGGAAACUUACGAUAAGUGGAGUGGGAGGAGGCUGCUGCAGGCAACAGAGGACAAUGCCACUGAGAUCCCAGAGGAAACAGAAAAUCGAUAUGUCAAGAACUGCACUGAACCAGCUCUCCAUGAAUUCCCCAGUGACAUCUUUACAAACGAGGACAGAAGACAUGGAGCUGUAGUCCUGCAUGUCCUCUGUGCCAUGUAUAUGUUCUACGCUUUGGCAAUUGUCUGUGAUGAUUUCUUUGUCCCUUCAUUGGAAAAGAUUAGUGAACGCUUGCAUCUUAGUGAAGAUGUGGCUGGGGCAACUUUCAUGGCAGCUGGAAGCUCCGCUCCUGAGUUGUUUACAUCGGUUAUAGGUGUUUUUAUCACAAAAGGAGACGUAGGAGUCGGAACUAUUGUUGGCUCUGCCGUAUUCAACAUUCUCUGUAUAAUCGGUGUGUGUGGCCUUUUCGCAGGACAGGUGAUUGCACUGUCAUCAUGGAGUCUGCUGCGAGAUUCAACCUACUACACACUGUCUGUUGUUGCGCUCAUUGUGUUUAUUUAUGAUGAAAUCGUUUCUUGGUGGGAGUCCCUAGUCCUAGUGCUGAUGUACUUCAUUUACAUCCUGAUCAUGAAGUAUAAUUCCUCCAUACAUCACUGCUUUGAAAGGAAGACAAAAAAUGCUCCAAAUAUGGUGAACGGAUUAGCAAAUAACACAGAAAUGGACGAUAACAGCAAUUGUGACGCCACGGUGGUAUUACUAAAGAAAGGGAAUUUCCAUCGUAAAGCCUCGGUGAUCAUGGUGGAUGAGCUCCUGUCUGCCUACCCACACCAACUUUCCUUCUCUGAGGCUGGGCUCCGGAUAAUGAUCACCAGCCACUUCCCUCCCAAAACCCGUCUCUCCAUGGCCAGUCGCAUGUUGAUCAAUGAGAGGCAAAGGCUGAUAAACAGCAGAGCCUACACCAAUGGGGAAUCAGAAGUGGCUAUCAAAAUUCCUAUCAAGCAUGCCUUGGAGAACGGGACAGGCCCCAGCAACUCCGCUGAAAGGGGCGUAAAUGGGACCCGAAGAGACGAGGACAUGGCUGAGGCUGGAAAUGAGACCGAGAAUGAGGACAAUGAGAACAAUGAGAAUGAUGAGGAAGAGGAGGAAGAGGAGGAUGAUAAUGACGGACCUUACACUCCUUUUGACUUACCCUCUGGCAAAAUGGAAAUCCUGAAGUGGCUGUUUACCUGGCCACUGAGCUUCCUUCUGCACUUCACAGUCCCCAACUGUAACAAGCCCUACUGGGAAAAAUGGUUCAUGGUCACCUUUGCUUCCUCUACCCUCUGGAUUGCAGCCUUAUCCUACGUGAUGGUGUGGAUGGUUACGAUCAUUGGCUACACAUUGGGUAUUCCAGAUGUGAUCAUGGGUAUCACAUUCCUGGCAGCUGGAACCAGCGUGCCGGACUGCAUGGCUAGCCUUAUAGUAGCAAGACAAGGCAUGGGGGAUAUGGCUGUGUCGAACUCCAUUGGAAGUAAUGUUUUUGACAUUUUAAUUGGCCUGGGUCUCCCAUGGGCUCUGCAGACUCUAGCAGUGGAUUAUGGUUCAUAUAUCCAGUUAAACAGCAGAGGACUUAUCUAUUCCGUUGGCUUGCUGCUGGCAUCAGUUUUUGUCACCGUAUUUGGUGUCCACAUGAACAAAUGGAAGCUGGACAAGAAGCUGGGAAUUGUGUGCCUUUUCCUGUACGGCAUCUUCUUAUGUUUCUCCAUCAUGACAGAAUUCAAUGUUUUCACUUUUGUGAACUUGCCGAUGUGCAGAGAUCACUGAUCCGGGUGGCAGACUGUCAAGAGGUACUUCCUUCUUACCUGUGCAAUACCAAACACGGCUGGCGUCUCCAGAACACGGUGCACCCAACGGUCGUGAAAUAGAUCCUGCUCACUGUUCAUAGGAUUCUCCUCCCAUCUCGGUUUACCCUCUUCCGACCCCAAAACCUGGAAAAAUCCUGCAUCGAUGUGAAGAUAAUUUUUUUUCAACAUUAAUGUGAUUUCCAAGUUCAGUUUUUGAACAGUGACUGGGAUUCUAAAUGAACUGGCUGCUAUCUGGCGUUGAGCCAGGCAAAACUGGUCUGCUACAAUUCCCUCCUUUUUAAGUUAUUUGGUGGAAGACUAAUCUAAUUUAUGAUUUAAGACUAUUGCUAGAAUGCAGAAGAAGAGGGUACAUUGUAUAUGGGGUGUUUUUCAAGCAGAACUGUGGGAAUCUUUUAUUUUUAUUUUUUUCAGAGAUCAACAGCCUCUCUUUGCAACUUCUCCUUCUGAGUGCUGGAUUUCAUGUAAUGAUCCAAAGGUCACAAGUGCAGUGUAUUAUGGGAACUCAAUUUGAAAUACUCAGCAUAUGAGUGGAUUGACUGUUUGUUAAAAAAAAUGACUGGCAAGGCAGUGGAUAACAUCCUUAUACUAUGAUUAACGGAUCUCUUAAAGGUGUUGUAAGGAAUGCAAGGUGAACAUGGAUUCAAAGGGUAAACACUGCUACCAUUUUCAUUAUUAAUGUCAGAGUUUUAUUGCUAGGUUAUUUAUAUGACUUCCAAGCAAUGGUUUAGGACUGCCAGCCCACGAGGGCUAACGAGGAGGGGUCCUGGUUUUUAAUGAUCCACACAUUGCGAUGCAAGGUCAGAACUUCAGAGGAUCAUCCAACUUCUUGUAGUUUUUUGGGGGAGUGUGUAGUUUUGUGUCUUAUUCGUUGUGAGAGAGACAUAAGCACAGUCACACAUUCUCAAAAUGAGUUGUAGACACUGGUUUCUUUAAAAGGAAAGAGGCAUACUUUGCACUGACAUUAUUACUGAAGUCAUAAUUUGCCACUCAUUAAAGAAUACACUGGACCUGGCCAAAAAUUUUUACAGCUGAACUUAUCUGAUAUCAGAUUGUUGUGGAUUUAUUCCACCUCCUUCUGGAGGAAGAAAGAGAGAGAGAGAAAUGGCACUUUUAAAAUGCAGAAUAUCUUUAAUGCAGAUUCACUCACAAAUUUAAGUUAUGAUGAAAGUUUUGCCAUUCGCUGUUCUAACAGACCUGCAAGGUUUUGUAUAAUACUGUAUUAAUAUGCAGAUAAAUUCUACUACAUGAGGGAACACCUAUGAUUGCCACACUUGUAUGUAUUGAAAUUGUGGAUUCUUGCCAGUGCUGGCUGUUGUAUUUACUUUAAGCAUUGAUCACUUCUGAUUCAUUUGGUAUAGUUUUUUCCUCUUCCUUGUAUAUGUUCUUCUAUGAAGUGUAAUAAGAUACUACCAACAAGGUGAAUGUUUUUGUCUAUGGUACAGACAGUGGCCAAUAUUGGUAGACAGGACACAACAAAACGGCCCUAAGAGGGAAAAAAAAUCUGAACUAGCGGAAGAAAAACAGUUCAGAGUGAAGACCAGUUUAGCAGCUCACUUGCACUUUUGCACUUGAUUAUUUAAGAUUAAUUCUCUUCGGACAAAUAAACCUUUCCAAUCUGUGAUCUCCAUUCGACACAGCACGUUACUUUCUAUCCUUUUCACAUGGAACAAGCAAAAAUACAAGUUUGUCAGGCAAGUUCCAUGGAAAGUUGAUGCACAUCCACCUUGGGUAAAAGCAGACUGGUGGGUCUCUGGAGGAAAGUAGGUGUGAAGACAGAGCAGAUGUGGAUAAAGGAGAGAGAAAAGAGGGGCUCCAUUUUAUAUAUGUGUUGCUAUUUUUUCUUCAGGAACAUAACUGUGAUCCCACUUGUUUCUCUAAGCAGCAUUCUAAGAACAGCAUGCUAAGAACUACACCAUAUGGAAAUCCCAUUGCAUUAGAAAUCCCCAUUGUACCUUCAGAGUGUGUUUUUAAUUAAUAAUAACCACUAAAAUGUCUCAAAAGACUUCCUUAAAUUAAAAAAUAGUAGCACGAUGUGAUACAUUUCAAUAAAUUCCAACCUUGAGGACAGUAUAAGCUUAUAACAAGAUAUAGUAGCUCCUAAGCUGAAUCUUUCCUUACUCGCAGAAGAGACAAUAUUUGGACAAAAAAAGUUUCACAUCAGGGCCUAUUAUUAUUUCUAUUUUGAAUAUUUAUACUGCUGCUCCAAUGGAGCCAGUUGGAUCUAUUUCUACGAAAUAGCCAUUAUCUAUCCCAUGUCACAAAAACUGCAUGACUGAUUUUUUAGGAACUUUUCCUGUUGACAUACAUCAAAUACUGUAGUAUCGUAGCUUUGCAUUGUAUAUGUAUCCUGAACUUUGUGCAUUUUGCAAGAAUAUUCUGAAAGUUGCUCAUUCCAGGUGUAAGCAAAGAGGUAUCUUAGAUGCACUGAACUGCUCUUACCUGUGCCAUAUUCUUAUGAGAUGUAAUAGAAUGUUUUCUUUGAUAACCGUUUGAGUUAGAUGUACUUGUGAUCUGAAACCAAAGCACAUGAUGCAAGCUUGAUUUGAAAUUGAGGGCCGGUUGAGUGUGUGAGUUCUCAUUUGUUUUUAAAAGAAAGAGCCUUUCAAACUGAUAGCUUGAUUAAAGCCCAUGGAAAAAUCUCCCAAGACAAAAAUGUAAGCACUUUUCUGUGCAAAGUUUAUUCUGUGAUCACUCUUCGUGAAAGGUCUCCCUAAGGCAUACAUUAAUAAGAUCGCUGCCUAUGCUAACUGAUACAGUGAGUUUUCACAGCUUUCAUUUAGUUUUCCUUCCAAGCAAUCCUAGACAAUUUUUAAUGAGCAUUUCAAAGAGAGCUUAAAGAGCCUUCUCCUCAGUAACUUUUGACCUGAUUUUGUCUAGGCUGACACCAAAUAUCUGCUCCUAUAGUUUCAACUCUGUUUGACACAUGGUUAGCCCUCCCUUGACAGUGAUUAAAUGCCAAAAUCUUGUGGAUGUGGGUGGUUUUAAGAGACAAAGGAAAGAUUGCUUUUGCCCUGCCAAAGUAGAAUUCUAUACCUUCCUUUUUCUGAUUAUUAUUAUAAUUGUUUUUUUAAAGAAAUAAUGCAUUUUUUGUAGCUGUAGGUACCUACAACAGAAAAUAUCUCGCGUAGAGGGCAUUUACACUAGUGUGGUUUGGGAGGUUUCUGUGUUGCUCUGUUCCUUUGUGUUUGACUUUGUGUCCUGAGCUGUGUCACUGAAGUUAGUUAAUUUGCAUGCUUUGGAUUUGUGGCUUUUGCGCCUGUGAAACAGCAAUUUAUGCUAAUUUUAAGCAUUCAAAUUCCUAACAAAAAUUUAUUUCAAAAACAAAGAAAAGGAAGUGGGAAAAAGACCCACAAGUGCUGAGGACACAACGUCUAAUGUCAGUGUAAGAACCAGAGGUUAACAUCUAACGUGCAAUAACAGUAGCCCAGAUUUUCAAUUACUUUUCUUAAUAAUCUGUAAAAUAAAAUGUAGGUAGCAAAUACUGUUGGAUACUUUUAAAAAAAAAAAACUACAACUUUCUGACUACUGACAGAUGUUUCUUUUAUCAACUUUAUCUUUUCAAAUUAAGUAUGAGGGCAUGUCAGAUCAUGCUACAAUAUCAGGCCUUGUCUAUAUUCAGAAAUACACCAUUCAUUUCAUUCAUUAAUUCUCCUGCUCAUGGAGAGCAGAGUACACACUUUGGAUCAACCAUUUCUAGAGAGCUCAGUCUCCUGUCAAGGUUGUGGCCUGCUCCAUAUUAAGGCUGUGGCAGGCGAAGUCGGAAGCCACACUAUCCUUCCAGCCUGUGCGAGGCCAUCCACAAGGUCUUCUCCAUCCUGCUUCUGUUGAAUCAAAUGUAUAAAGCUGGUGGACUGGUAUGGCCUCCAGUAUAUGAAGCAGAUGGCCAAGCUAGCUGAGAUGGUGUUGAGUCACUUGGGAUGACUCUGGAGACUGUUUGAUCUGACACCUGACAUCCUCAUUUAGAACAUGAUGAAACCACCAUAUACUUUCAAUAUGAUGUUACUGUUUCAUGUCAAAAGCAUCCAGUUGGCACAUUUGCAUCUCUGUGGUGUCCCAGGUUUCAGAGCCAUACAAAAGGAUGGAAGCCACUGCUCCUUGAUAGAUACUCAUCUUAGAGUUGAUAUAUGGUAUUGGUGCCACAGAGGCUUCCAAAGAGCAUGCAUAACAACCUUGAUCUUGCCGAGUUGAUGUUUUAUGUCAGCAAGGCAACCUGUCUCCCUAAUGACAAUAGAACCAAGACACUCAAAGGAGUUGACAAAUUCAAUCUCUUGCCCAUUGAUUAUGAUGGAUAGGGGUAGAGGUCUGUUAGCCACUUUCAUCAGUUUGGUCUUCUUCCAAUUGACUUGAAGACCAGUUAGGCUGACCAGAUACCAAGUGUGAAAAAUCGUGACGGGGUGGGGGGUAAUAGGAGCCUAUACAAGAAAAAGCCCCAUAUAUUGGGACUGUCCCUAUCAAAUCGGGACAUCUUAUCACCCUAAGACCAGUCUUACUUCUUACUUGCUUUUUCCAUAAAUAUAUUCAGGGCAUUGAUGAGAUUAGUAUUUGAGGAUGAGGAUCUAGCUGUGGUAUCUGCAUAUUCCAGGUCUGCUAUGCGGGAAUCAUGCAGUACCACCCCUGGUAUGCGAUGAGUGACAGUUUCCAUCAUUCAGUCAGUAACAGUAUUGAGCAUAUCAGGACAACCAAGCAUCCUUGAUGGACAGUGCUGUUCUACUCAAAACUGUUGGACAUCCUGAUACCUACAUGGAUACAGCUCUCACUUUGGUAGUAUAUUUCUAUGAGAAGGUGGAAAAGCUUACCAGGCAUACCAGCAGCUUGCAGACAGGGCCACAGGGAGCAAUGAUCAACCAAGUUGGAGGCAGCAUUUACAUCAAUAAAAGCUGUAUAUACAUCAUAUUCCCUGUGCCAAAACUCUUGAUCUUUUCCAAUAAUUUGUCUAAUGGUAAAAAUCUGUUCUGUGGUUGAUCGGCUUGCUGUAGGUAGCAUAGAUUCUUUAUCAGGGGUUAGCAUGCUCACGAAGAAUCAGCAUGAACAGUUUUACUUGCAAUGGAAAGCAAAGUCAUGCUGCAAUGAUUGGAACACACCAGACCAUCGCCUUGUCCUUUCUAAAAUGGGAGAAUAAUUCUGUGGCUCCAGUCAUCAGGUAGUUUCUCAUUAAUCCAUACUUCAUUGAUAAUUUGGGUCAGCCAUCCCAAGACAGAAUCCUGGCCAUUUUUGAUCAGCUCAGCAGCUAUACCACAAACAUCGGCAGCAUGGCCAUUCUUGAGCUUACAGGCUGCACUUCAAACCUCCUCGAUAGUGACAUCCUCUGCAUUACAUGGAGGGGCUCUCAUUGGGCUCUUCACAUCCUCCUGGAGUUGUGGAGCUGCAGCUCUGAUAGGAUGGUUAAGAAACACCAGAAAAUGUUUCUUUCCAACUACUCAGACAUUCUGCCUCAGUGCACACAAAACAUUACUCAAACUGUAACCCGGAAGAGACGAGACACCCUCACCCCCACCUACUGGCUGAUGGAACCAAAAUUUUUGGACCUUUGCACACAAUGUAGAUUUGCAAUUUGGAACGUACCCUGAAAACUAUUGUUGCUCCUACCCUCCCAUCACUGAAUUGAACCAAUACAACAUUUCUGUUGCAGGACUCACUGAGACCUGUUGGAGCUGCACCAGCAGGACAAUUAUUAACAGCAAUCAUUAUGUAUGGUCAGGCCUCAGCAGUGUCACCUUGGCCUUGUCAAGGAAUGCUUGUAAAGCCCUUAUAAGCUGAUCUCCCAUCUCCAAAUGUAUCAUGUGGCAAGGACUUUCUUAUAGACAUGGCAACAUCACUGUCAUUGAUGCUUAUGCCCCCACUUACCUUGCCAGUGAGGAGGACAAGGAACAAUACUCAUGAGCCAUGUGUUAUGUCAUCAGAGGAGUAUCCCUCAUCACAUUAUCAUUGUGCUAUGCGAUGCCAGCACUACACUGGGAGUCAAUACUAGGAAAGCUUGGCCAGAAAGCAUUGGGAGUUUUGUUGCGGAUGCAAUUGUGAACAGCAAUGGUGAGCGACUGCUUGAACUUUGUGCUGCAACUGGACUCCAUGUUUCUGAUACCAAUUUCCAAUGGAAGAACAUACACACAUGGACUUGGUAUUCCAAUGAGGGACAAACUCACAAAGCACUUGAUCACAUUUUCAUAUUUAAUUGGCGGAGAAGUUGUAUGCACCACUAUUGGGUGUUUGGGUGUGCUGAAGUGGUCAAUAUCUAUCACAGGUUGCUUGUCGCCAUGGUGGAACUGAGGUUGAAGGCAAGCCUUCCAUUAGUCAUUUAGACUUACUGAAAUUGAUUGACUGCUGCUGUCAAAGUGGAAUGCCAGCUGAAAUCUGCAACUGAUUUGAAGCUUUAGCCCUUGCAGAUUAAAGCCUUGAACAGGAGCAAGUCAACAAUUUAUGAGACUCUUUCCAGUCUUCUGUUAUGGAUGCCAUCAACAAGGUGCUGGGGAAAAGGCACCCCAGGCCAAAACAUAAAUGGAUCUGUGAACAGACCCUGGACAUCAAAGAAAAAUACCAUCUGGCUUGCUAAAAUGGGAACAACCAAGAAUACCAAUGCCUUGCAUAACACAGCUUUAAAGCAGGACAUUUGGGGCAAGUAAGGCUCAGUUGAUGGAAACUGCAUCAGCCAGAAAUGCCUGUGGGACUGUCUAUAAAGAAUUGUGCACCUUAAAAGCUGGUCCAGGGAACAAAUCCUCACUUGUCAAAGAUGGAUGCCAUAAUAUGCCAGUUUAACUUUAAAAUGGUUUUUAAAAUGAUAUAGUUAAAUCAGUGCAAACUCAAUGUGGACAGACAUUCUUAAUUGGAUUUAAACCUGCCUUAUAGCAAUGAAACUUCAUUUGGUAAAGCAUUGGCUUAAGCUAAAUCAAUAUAAGGUAGCUUUAAAUCCAGUUAAGAGCAUCCUCACAGGGAUUUGUACAAAUUUAAUGGAAUCAGUUUAAAAUCACACAUUUAGGUUGAAGUGAUGCGAGUUUGAAUACAGACAUGGCCUUGGCAGCUUUGCUUCCAACAUAAGGAAUUAUGCCUGGUAAUGCGUGUAGUUUGAAUAAGCUAUACAAAUGCAUUGGGUAUAUUGUGAGGCUCUGAGUUGAAAGAAAGAUAAGUGUUUCCAGUGCCCUAAGACUCUGAGUGAAACCUUGGCGCCGUUGGACUCAAUGGCAAAAAUGUCAUUGCUUCAGCAGGGCCAAGAUUUCUUCCUAUAUGUCUUUACAACAGCACAUCCUGUUGGUCUUAAAACCAGUUAUUUAACAAUAUGAAUACGUGAAUCAGACACAGAACUCUUUUUUUUUUUAAGCCAAAUCAACAAACUAGUUUUUACUAAUACAGCUUGGCACAAAGAAGGAGAUUGCACAUGAAAGUGUUAUAGGGGCUAGGAACUGUAGGAGCCUGGAACUUGGAGCAUAUUUCACUUGGAGAAAAUUCAUUUAUUUUAUCCCUGCCUCUGCUGACUCAUUGGAUAGACAAUUAAAAGUUUUUAAGUUUCCAGAACUGGAGUUGAAGCCAAAUUUAUGCCACAGGGGAAAAGGCAUGGUAUGCCCAACGAGGCACGCAUGGAAGAAAAACACUUUUUUGUUUUGUUUCUUUGAUCACACAUCAAGUGUUAUAAUUUGUAACAUUUGGCUGUGAAUCUAACUCUAUCCACUUCUAACAGCCCACUAACUAUGCCAAGUCUUUGAAGCGUGGGUGGAGCCAGCUAAUUUCAUGAAAGCUUUUAGUAAAAGAAGCACAGUUCUUGUAAGGUUCCAAAUAUUUUAAUAGUUUCUAACUGUAAUUUUCAAAUUACCAGUAAAACAAGUUUUAAAACUUCCACACCAAAAAAAACUCCCAAACCCCUAUCUAUUUUGUUCUUUUCAAUUGAGUAGUACUUGAAUGUGCUAAAAUUAACAUGGACAUUUUUAAUAAUAAACAUGACUUUUUAUAGCAAGUUGGAGAAAUGAGAUUCAGUGUUAAGUACCUGAACUUUCAUGGACAAUCAUUAUAGGCACAGAAGUUUGUUCAAAUGCUGAAUAUUUUCCCAUUAGCCUUGUGGUUGCAGAUCAGCAUAUCUGUGACAGGUAAAGCAGGGAAUUUUCACCUGUAAUUUAGGAGGUCUCUGUUAUUGGAUCCCAUAGAACAGUGUACAGAUUUCAUAAUAGAAUCAACUGUAAGAUUGUUACAAAUCGUAUCUGUUUCUUUUUUACCUCUUCUUGCAAAGAAAAAAUGUCUAUCAACAUAAAUGGGCUUCAUCAGCGGUAAGAAAGCUAAUCUUAGUUACUAUGUUACUAGAAGUGUCCAGAUAAAAUUCUACAUACAGGUAGAUUUAGAUUUGAACAUAAGUAACUGAUACUGGAUGGUUUUGGUAAAAUAAUUCUUUGGACAGACAAACUGUUCACAAACCAUUGUAUAGCUGGUUGUCUCUACAUACAGAAUGGCAAGAUUAUAAGGAUUCAUGCCAAAUUUUUGAGCCGUUACACUAGAUGAGAGCCUUAGGAAAGAACACUCCUUUACCUUCACUGUUAACAGAAGAGGCUAUAAAGGAAUGCAACUGCCAAUGACAUUGAGUUAAUAACAUCAGGGGUAUUUUGAACAGAGUAGCUGUUUUGAAGUUUCAGUACUUCUGUAGCUUUAAAUUUCAUUCUUCACAUUUAAUAUACGUUACCUGAAUGUUACUGUCUUGGAGAAUGAAGCAAAUGUUUUGAGUCCUAUGAAGAGUUGCAGUUAUAACUCAGGCAGAUGUAUACAAUACCCUUUCAUUUUGACAGGGGUCAGGCUGCAGUUACUUUGCUGUUCAACAGAGUGUUAGAAGGGAGAUAACCACAAUCAGAAUAGAGUUUCUGAGAAUAUAUUUCCUUUCAGUUAGCCAUGACAUUAUGGAAAAGAAAAAUGUGCUUAAUGUUCCAUUGUUGUUGGUUUCUGAAAUUAGAUAGGCUUACAGUAUUGGGGGAGAGGGGUUGUGCAGUAGAUAUAAUUCAGCCCAGUGUCAUGAUGGUACUUAUGGUCUUAACGCCACACACAGGGCUUCUGAGGCAGCCAGCACAUCAGGAAAGCUUGUCUGGGAACCUGCAAAGACACAGUGAAACUCAAAAAAUGCAUGGCCUUGAACAGGGAUGGGGCAUGGCUAGUAUAGCUAGGAAUGUGCUGAUUUUGUGUAGCACACAUCCCUCCCUCCCUGGCAACCUCUAUCAGAAGCACUCCUGUGGAGGUCCAACCAUAACUUAAAAUUCUCUCUCCACCCAAGACCCUGAGGUUCAUUGGGGUAAAUGCGCAUAAGGAUAUAGGGGGCCAGGCUGACACAGCAUGGUGUCAUUUACACCUCCCUAUGGGCCUGAUCCAACUCCCGUUACAGGCUCUGACAGAGUCCCAUGUACUAUGAUGAGAAUUGCAUCAGGCCCUAAAGCCUCAAUUCAACAAAGCAUUGAAGCACGUGCUUAUGUCUCAAGGAAGUCAAUGGAGCUUAAGCAUGCACUGAAAGCUAAGCAUAUGCUUAUGUGCUUUGCUGAAUUGGAGUCUAAAGGUCAGGUUCAGUGGAUCUAACCCAUUGGCAUAAACCAUGGAUGCAGUAAAGUAUACCCAUUCCAAGCAGUGCUGUAGAAAAAGUCAUUCAGUGAUGAAUGAGCAGAAUACAAGACUCUAGCAAGGAGAGUCUUUACCGAAUGUGCCUUUGACGGAAAAGAGAUUUUAACUAAGAGUGAACUACUGAGAGAGCUUUUUACUCUUUGUAGUAUUCUUUAGGAAAGUAGAUUUUCCCUGUUAAGUUUUGCCAUGAGUUGGCAUAUCACAUUCCUGGAUUUUGCUACACAAAUGAGGCAGCAUGUCGGAAUGUUUUUAGCAAACAUGGUCUGAUCUUAAGCCCACUGAAGUCAUUUGAAUUCGAUGAGCUUUGGAUCAGGCCCACAGUCAGGAAAAUCAAGAAUGCUUAUUACUGUUUUCUCCUACAGAUAGAUCACAGUUCAGCUGGUCUGAUUAGCAAAGUUUGUGUGUCACUGUUCAUUUGAUUCUGAGUGAUUCAUAAAUACAUAAAAGGGUGUGAGAUAGCACAUGCUGUAUGUUUAGUAAGCUUGGCAGUUUCUCUGUAUUCCAAAUGUUCGUUGACAGACUUGGAGCUCUUUGUUGCAUUUUAGUAUUUAUAGCCUAGUUUGAAGGAGGAAAGAGAUUUCUGGUAUGGCUGACAAAUUUUGGGCUCAAGUACUGCAGUGAUAGUUACCCGUUUUCUCCUUCUGUGUAUAUGGCUGCAUCUAUAGGUGUGGAGGCUAAGAUACAACGAAAGAGCAGAAUCCUGGCCCCAUUCAAGUCAAUGGGAGUUUUGCCAUUGAUUUCAAAGGAGCCAGGAUUUAACACAAAAUGUUGAAAGCACUCUUACGAUAACAUUCUGUUAUAAGGUGAAAGUUCACCCAAAUUCUGAGUCCAGUCAUUAAUUACACAUACAGACCCAUUUGCGUCCAUAGGAUUACUGUAGGAAGGGCUACUGUUGUGACUGAGAGUUUGCAGAAUGAGUCCUUUAUCAGUACAAGUCUCAUCAGGACAGUCUUUGUCAACUGAGGCAAGGUUAGUUUCCUUUAGUCGGAUGGGGAAUGCACCUUGCAAUUUAUUUAUGAAGGUCCUUAUGGGGUGGGUGAUACAGAAUCCAUCCACCAGUCUCAAAGCUAUAAAAUGAGGUCUAUAACACAGGAAAAUGUCAUCCCUGUUGUAAGAGUAAUAGAGUCACACCAAGGAUGACUAUAGCUCCAUGUCAUAAUAUGUGUAGCAAAUGAUAAUAAUAACUGAACAAAAAUAUGUGGGGGGGAUGGAGUGAAAGAAAUACAUUUUGUAGCAGGGAUGCUCUUGAAUGUUUGAAAGGUGAAGGAUCAAAAUUCCCUGAUUUCCCUACAAAUAUCUGACUGACUGCACAUCCCACCACAUUUUUAGGACACAACAACCCGAGUGAUGGCUGGUUGGUCCAUAGGCCAUUAUAUAGGAAGGCUUCUGAUAUAGUUUGAGAGGUGGAGAAUUUGAAAAAUUAGCAGAUGUAAAAUAAUGUUGGGCAAAUCCUGUGGAUUCUGUUUCAAAAGCAGCUUCCCCUCUGAAUUUGGUUGGUUGCUUGUAGAUGGGUAUUAUUGGUUUCCUUGUGUCAAAAGGAUGUGAGAUUUGCUGCCAUAAUCUCUUUAUUAAGUAUACAGUCAGCCUGUGGAUUUGAAUGUUUACUAGUGCACCACCUAAGACAGAAGUCAUGCAUUGGACUAACAGAAAUAGGAAGCAGUUUUGGGCCCAAGACUAGAUGGGAGAAAAUGCAGAGUGGACCUCUUGCUUCAAGUACCUGUCUCGAUAGCACACUGGUAUAACUCACAGUGUACCCUACACUGCACAUGUUCAUUGAAACAUCAGCUCAUAAACAGGCCAUUGGAAUCCUCUUCCAAAAUCUUUUCCCAAAGAGAAAUCAGUGUCUCUUCAAAGUGAAAUUUGCACAAUACGCAGGUGUAUUUUAUAUUCGAUUCUCUUCCUGGGGAUCCCUGUUUUGUUCAUUUAUAAAUAGACAAAACGUUCUGUCCACUGUAAGCGAGUGAAGUGGACAGGAUCCUGGCUUUUUUAUAGACAAAGACAAUGAUUACACUAUGAGCAUUACUGAUCCAACUGAAUGAUAAUAGUUUUGAUGUGGGUAUUUUAAGCUUCCUGAAGCCAGGCCAUCCCAUAUUUAACUAUAUUCAUUAAAGGAUUUGGUCGUGAAUAUGACAGAUUUUGGGCCCUAUUUUUUUAAAUUUUUAAACAAAGAUUUAUAUUAUGUACUUUAACCCAGUAUGUUCUCUGUCAUUAAAACAAAGUCCUGUGGCAGCUGGCUGCCAUGUGAAUAGGAAAAUAAAUCUAUUCAGGCUAUUGAGAAGACAGAAACUGAUGUCAGUAUUUAAGAUACUUACAUACACACACACAAACACAUUUUUUGUAAGUGCAAAAGAUGGUUACUUGUUUUUAAUUUGUUUCCAUGUUUGUAUCAGCAAGUAAAUAUUAGUGUUGCAUGCCAAUCAUAUAUGUAUAUAAGAAAUAUAACAGGACAAGUCGAAACAGCAUAUCUCUGUAAAUUCAAUAGUAUUUCCAAUUAUUGUUACUACCACUAUGCUAAAUUCUAGUUCCUUUUCCUGAAUGUAAGAAAAUUUUUUAAAAAUGAUUAAAGUGGUCAGGAAAUUGUGCACUGAAAUAUUUAUACACUUAUUUAUUUAUUUCUCUUACACAAAGAAUUACACCUCUGAAUCAGGAAAGCUUUACCUUGUUCAGAAAGAGCAGUUAAAACCCAGGGCAGUCAAUAGAAUUUAAGCCCACACUUAAAGUUAAGUGCAGGCAUCGGUGCUUUCCUGAAUCAGGUCCUAAAGUUGGAGCUGUUUAAACACAUUAGUACCAUUCUUUUGAACUUUCGAGAAAAGCGGUGAGACAUUUAAUUUACUGUGAUUUUUUAAUCUGCUUGCUAUUCUCCUUCCUGCAACCUGUAUGGUGCAGGUAGUUAUCGAACAUUGAGAGAACCUGAAAAAUGUCUCUGUGCUGGUCACUUAUACUGAUCACCGGAGUAGAAAUGCGUAAAUAUCAAACCUUUAUCUCCGUCCGUCAAUCUAUCAUAUUUUGAGGGCAACCAUCCGUGUUUUUUCUGAGCACCAUUUACAGUCAUUAACAUUUACAUUUCAUGAGGUGCCAACAGGUAUUUUAUAAAAGAUCUUCCUUUCCCAAGUUUGCAUCAAUUUCUUCCAAAAACUGUUUUUAAAAAAAGUCUAAUUGGACCUCCAUCUUUGUAACAUGAAAGUAAAUGUUUGGGUGCAGAUCCUCAGCUGGUGUAAGUUGUCAUGGCAGCAUUGACAGAUCAAUGGAUCAGCCCCUUGAAAUCUUGCAGUAAAAUGCUCUCACUCCUUGCAAACAUGCAAGUGGGUACCCCCAUUUCAAUAAACCUGUUUUUUCAUGUAGAUCAGUACAUCUCCAUUCUAGGAGGAUGUAUCACCUGGCGUUGCUGUCGAGGUGAAUUAUGGUAGAGCUCAGUGUGGAGGAGGCAAGAAGCAGUGCAGGAGUCUUCGUAAGAAUGGGACAGUGGAGAGGAAAGGUCAGAAUUUUAUGCUUGAGGAAGCUCUUAGACGCUUAGGUAUUUUUCAUUUUAGGAAAAAAUCCUGCAAAUCAAAAGGAUAAAAGCUGAUUAUGAAGCAAGAAUUGCAUAAAAUGACUCUCCAUUUAUUGCAGAGUUCAUGACUCAACUGAAUUCUUCUUAAGUUCUCACAGAAAACAUCUUUCUUUCUGGUAGCUCUCCAUAGUGAGUCUAAAUCUUCACGUACAACAUACAUUUCUUUGUGUCAAAACUGGGAUAUGAAAUCAGAACAUUCCUAGAUAAACUAAAACUCCAGCUAGAAGAUUGCAUUUGUUGAGAUCUUGAAAAAAGACACACAUAAAUUCUUGAUACCUUAGUCAUUAAAGUUUUCUAAUUUUAAAAAUGAAUGGCAUAUCAAAAGGGCACAGCAGGUAAAUACAUGUUUUAUACAGCACAAGCAGAGAGCAAAUGCAAAGGAAAAUAAAACUGCAUUAUGAAACGCAGAUUCUUGUGUAAUGAGAAUGUUGGCAAGUUUUUCAAGGAUUGCAUUUAUGUUGUGAUGUGUCUGAAAGAAUAUUUGAUCUUUACAGUUUCUCUUCCUGGUUCUGAAAAAGGGUUUGGUUUUGUUUGUUCCAGUAACAAGUACUGUAUUUCCUUACCAGGCAAAAUGGAGAAGAUGAGUCCAAAAUACUGCAUGCAUCAGACUUGAUUCUUACUUUAGGUAAAUACGUGUGUAUCACUGAUCAUGAAAAUCUACCAUGCACAUGUGUCAGUAUAGGCCUGAGAGAUGAAUUGCACCCUUGCAAUUACUGAAUUCUCAGGGCCAAAUUGUGACCAACUUUCUCAUAAGAGAAGCCUCACUCAGUUCAACAUCUACUCUCAUGAACAAGGAAGUCACAAUUAGGCUCUUAGGCCUAGAUACUCAAAGAUAUUUCGGUACCUAACUCCAUGGUUAGCUGAUUAAAUAAUUGUUAAGAGCUACUUUAAUCCCCACAGUGAAAUACAAGAUGGAAAAUAAGCUAGAAGAGACAUAUUUCCCUGUCUGGCAGUGUCCUGUGCAAUGUCAAAUUCGCCAGGAAAAUGGUGAAACCAUGGAAGUGUUCUCAUGAUUAGAAGGCACGAGCAAAAAUUCAAAAGGGUGUGUACACACAGGAAGACAGUAUUGGUGCUUUUUUUAGUGCAUUGUUAUGUAUCCAGAAAUAGGCACAGGAUAAGCAGUCCUAUGGGGUGAACUUCACCCCUGUGCGGAAAGGCAGUACAAGGCUGUUGAGACAUUUAAACCCAUAAAUAGGAUUUAAGUAGGACGUACGUGCCACAUAAGCCUAGUACUAACCCUGUGCAGAGAGGUGAAUUUCAACCAUCAUAAGUAGCUGUGCUUUCAGGGUCAGAUGUUCAUUAGAGGUCAGCAUCCCAACAGCUCCCAUUUAGGCACUAAAUAAAUGGAUGGAUUUAAAAAAAAAUGCUGAGCACCCAGUGACUCCCAUUGAAAGUAACGGGUGCUGUUGAGCGUGAGCCCUUUUGAUUUUUUAAUUAUUUUUUUUUAGUGGCACUGGCUUGACAGCACAUGCUUCUGUGGCUAGAAUGUGUUUACAAUUACAUUGUUGUAAGAGAUAAAGAAUAAUGUAAUGUAUUCCCUGGAACGCUUAAGGAAAACUUUUUUGUUUUGCUAACCUUGCUAAAGUCUCUAGACCACUGAAUGCAGUCUCUGGUGUGGCUUUUUCUAAACUAAACAGUGAUCAAACUGUAUAGCUUUCCUUAAACUAUUGUGUGCAUGCUUAAUUUUCUACUUAAUGAUGCAUCAGAAGUACAGCAAUAAAAGUGACUGAUCUGAACAUCUUUUAUUCAAAUAACGUUAUCUGGAUUCUUUCCCAUUGAGUUUGAAGACUCCAUGAUGCUUCUAACCAUAAUGAAGAAAAUGUAGGUGCAACUGAGUGUAAAUCUGAAAUGCACACAACAUAUAGUUCACAUAGCAGCCGGGGCUCACCAGCAAGGAGAAAAUUCACCUGUUUAUAGUAAUAAAGUUCUAUUCCAAAUAGCUUCUUAUUAACGUGCUUUUGAAAUGUCAAAAUGGCGGCGCCACAGACAAAACAUUUGUUACCUUUUCAGAUAAGUUACAAUAAUUUUGUCAUACUUGUACAAGUAUUAUUGUCUGUCUUUCUGUACGUUUGUUUUGCAAUUUGUUAUAGAGUAUUACUUGUAUGCAUAGUUGUUCCACUUGCCUGUGUCAGUUAGAAAUUUAACAGAAAUGAGAGCAUGCAUUUCUCUAUUCGCUGGUAACCUAUGAAUUAGAAACUUGUAUUUUCUGUGUUUUUCAAGUGUUAUAACUAUAAACAAAAAUUCACAUCACUGUUGUCUAAGGAAUAUCAGAAAGUUUUAAUAGAUUGGUAAAUGUUUUGUCAUUUGAUUUGAUACUGUGUCAGAUAUCUACACUAAGACAAUAUGUUUUAUCAAUAAAAAAAAUCUUCUCUUGGUACUAACUUAACACUUUAGGGCACAUUGUGACAAAUAGAAAAUCAACUGUGGGUCAAUAUCCUACUUUUUAAUUUUCUGACUUAUUCUUCUAAGGACAUCCAGUACCAUUGUUUUGAUCUGAACAUUUGAAUAAAAAAAGACCAG